AUGGUAAGCUAUCAGAACACAAAGCUUAUUAUCCAUCAGCCAGCUAAGGCAGGUAAGAGGCCCUUUCCAUGUUCUGAGUGUGAGAAAUGUUUUACACAGAAAUCAGAUCUUUGUGGGAAAUGUUUUGCACGGAAAUCACAUCUUGUUGCACGUCAGCAAAGUCACAAAGAUGAGAAGCCAUUUCCAUGCUCUGAGUGUGGGACAUGUUUUACACGGAUAUCACAUCUUGUUACACAUCAGAGAAGUCACACAGGUGAGAAACCAUUUUCUUGCUCCGAAAGUCACACAGGUGAGAAGCCAUUUUCUUGCUCUGAGUGUGGGAAAUGUUUUACCUGGAAAUCACAACUUUAUACACAUCUUCGAAGUCACACAGGUGAGAAGCCAUUUCCAUACUCUGAGAAGUAA